AUGUUUGCAGGACGGCGCAGGUUGGUCUUUCCAAUUGGUGCGGUGCUUCUCAUUCUCUACCUGGGCUACAAACUGUCGGUCCGCCGCCCUGAAGCAGGUCUCUGGCCCGAAGCGCAACACCCCCUACAUGUCAACCCGAAGGUCCUCAAUGAUGAGGACUACUUCUGGCGCCAGAUACCUACCCAGUAUCCCGUGCCGCCCCAAUCCAUGAGGGCAUUUCCGCAAGGCCCGCCCGUCGCUCUUCCCAAGAUUCAGGCCGAGUUUCCCCAAGAGACGACGAGCGACCGUAAGCUUCGCUUGCAAAGACAGGCUGCCGUGCGCUCUGCCUUUCAGCGUUGCUGGGACGCGUAUGUAAAGCACGCGUGGCUUCAAGAUGAGGUGACACCACUGAGCGCAUCUUCCAAGAACACCUUUGGGGGAUGGGGCGCAACUCUGGUCGACUCGCUCGACACACUCUGUAUCAUGGGCCUCCGGCAGGAGUUUGAUGAAGCCGUGACGGCCGUUGCAGCCAACAUCAGCUUCGAGACGAGCUCCCUGACUGAGAUCAACGUUUUCGAGACGACGAUUCGCUACCUAGGUGGGUUCCUGGCCGCGUACGACCUCAGUGGGGAUCCGAGGCUUCUCCAGAAGGCGAGGGAAGUCGGUGACAUGCUGUAUGUCGCAUUCGAUACCCCCAACCACAUGCCAAUCACCCGCUGGGAGCUCGGCCGUGCCACGUCUGGGGGAAAACAGCAGGCUGCUGAAUGGGCCCUGGUAGCCGAGAUCGGGUCUCUCUGUAUGGAAUUCACGAGACUCUCGUUGAUCACAAACGACCAGAAGUGGUUCAGCGCCGCCGAGAAUAUCAUGCUAGCGCUGCAGAAACAACAGAUGGAAACGAAGCUCCCAGGACUCUGGCCUAUCAGUAUGGUGGCUUUGAGCGGAGGACUACUGCCCCAUUAUGGCGAUAUGUACACGGAGGCCAUGAAAACGGCUAUCAAAUACAACUUCUUCAGACCAAUGGUGCCAGACUCAGCAGACAUUCUGGUCUCGGGCAUCGCACGGACUUCCACCGAGAACGGCAAGCCGUCGGUUACGGUUGAGACUCAGGGUCAACACCUUGUGUGCUUUGCUGGCGGGAUGCUCGCUAUAGGUGGAAAGCUGCUCAAUGAAAGCGGACACCUCACAACAGCACGAAAGCUGGUUGAUGGCUGUAUAUGGGCCUAUGAGAAUAUGCCUCUCGGUAUCAUGCCCGAAGUCUUUUGGAUGGCCCCGUGCGACUCGGAUAGCGAUUGUCCGUGGGAUGAGAAGAAAUGGAUGCAGGCCGUGCUGGAACGGGCCGGAGCAGACAAAUAUGAUAUAGACAGCGCUGCCGACCUUAUCAAGGAGCGACGACUUCCCCCAGGCUUCACCGACAUACCUGACAAGCGCUACGUCCUCCGACCAGAAGCCAUCGAAAGCGUAUUCAUCAUGUACCGCACGACUGGUGACCCGCGAUUACUGGAAGCUGCGUGGGCCGUGUUCGAAGCCAUUCAAGCCGUCACGAAGACGGACAUCGCAAACUCCGCCGUCGCAGACGUGACUGUUGCGAGUCCUGCCGAGGUCCGCCAAACAGACUCCAUGGAGAGUUUUUGGAUGGGCGAGACGCUGAAAUACUUCUAUCUCGUCUUCAGUGAGCCGGAUCUCAUAUCACUGGAUGAGUGGGUGUUCAACACUGAAGCGCAUCCCUUUCGGCGGUUGCUGCCGUGA